GUGUUGGCUCCAGCAGUCCCCGGCUCUUCCCACCGGCCGCAGCGUUGCGCUUCAGGAGUCCAGCUCCAGCAGGUAGUCUGGUUGGUAAUUUGUAAGAUUUACGGCUCUAUAAGAGCAAAUUCUUGUUGGGGAUGGAAAAUGUGCACGAGAAAGACAAGCAAAUUGGUGAAGAGGAGGAGGAAGAAGAGUAUGUCUUGUUAGAGUUGGAUGAUUGUCUUUAUUCUGACAUCCAACCAAAUGACCCAUAUAUACUCUCUGGUUUGGACACACUGACUCCAACCUUGAUAGUAGGUGAUGGCUUGAAAAUGGUUGGAGAAUACGAAGAAACAGUUGGCACAUGUUAUUUAUUUUCAGAAAGAGAUGCUCCACCAAAACCCGUUCGUGGCGGGAUGGCUCCUCUCAAAGAAAAGAAGGACAAGCAAGCCAGCAAUAGUAAGGAAGCACCAGCACCAUCCAAGGAGGUGAAACAACUCGCAAGCGUUCAAAAGAUCCUCAGAUUCCGGUCAAUUGGCGAGGAUCAUCAGGAGCACAGAACAUAUCAGCAUGAGGGCAAGGAGUUCUGAAACAAAUAUAUCUAGUCGUUUAACCUUUCUUUGCUGCCAGCAGUCUACAUCAAGUAAUCGGUUGACCCUUAAUACACAAUGUAAGGAUGGUACUCCAUAAUCUUAAUUAUCCACAAACAUUCUCUAGUCACAA